AUGCAACGUCCGCACGGCGACGGGAAGCCAGAGCCGCUAUCCAGGACAACAUCCAAAAGCCCACUUCCAUCCCCUGGAGAGGAGCGCCAAGACCCCUUUAUCAUCACACAUCCCACCGGCGUUGCCUUUGUACCAUUCAAAGCCGGCACUUCCUCAGGAAUCAGCAGUGAGACGCGUCGUGCUGUUCGUGUGCAGGCGGCGAAGGCCAGUGCCGCGGCGAGAAAGAGGACCAUCGCACGCAAGCUUGCCGGCAAAAGGAGUACUUCAUACGAUGACGCGAGCUCCUCAUCUGCCGCAGAGAGCGAUAGGGGAAGACGGCUGUCAGCUUCUUCAGCAGUGGAUCUGAAAUCACUUACCUUGACCACUUCACCCAGUCCCGCGAGAUCGAUCAGUGCUGGCCAACUUGAGCCUUUCCGGCUGUAUCCCGCAUCGAAAUGGCAUCCUGAAAUACCUGACCUGGUGGACUACUUCCUCCAUAAUUUCGCGCCCGAUUUCACGACGGACAUGCUGGGUCGAGAUGUCAUGAGAAACCAGCUUUGGCCGGAAGCCUUGCAGGACAGUGCUCUGUUUCACGCAGUCUUACUCACUGCUGCCAGUCAUGCUUCACUAUCGCGAGCCCAGCCGAUCCCGACGCCACUUCUUGCUCAAUUGAGGAGCUCGACGUUUGAGAGCGCCAACAGCGCGAUUGCGAAGUCACAGGGGAGAGCUGGUAUUAGUGACGCGGUGGCAGGAGCAAUUGCUUUGAUGGCUGCGUGGGAGCUUCAUUACGGAAACCUUUCAACAUACGAGAUGCAUAUGGGCGGACUGGAAACCAUUGUGAACAUGCGUGGAGGUUUGGCUUCCUCUGAACCCACUCAAGCAGGACUGGACUCGUUCUCCACGGCCAUCGCCCAACUCAUCCUCAAUGCUGGUUACGACCUUGCUGUCUAUGCAAAUAGAAAGCCCUACUUCGACGCCAACGACAAUCAGCUAGCAAUCGCCCGUGCACCGUUGCGAUCGCGAGGACUAACACGUUUGAGCCAGCAGCGCUUAGUUCUACCCAGCUUGCUGAAGCUCGUCGAUGUUUUAUCGUUGUACAAGCCGGGUGACAGGAGCGCGUUUUCGACGGUUCGAGACACCCAACAACGACUCGUCGAAUGGUCACUCGCUUUGGUGACCAAAGUCAGCUAUUGCCCAACACAAACGCUUCGAGAGGACAACACCAAACAGCAGGCAAGUGCACUGAUUCGGCUUGUUGGACUGACGCUGUGUGAGUACUUCCAGAUGUUAGCAGGGACAGUAAGCUCUGAAGGACUUCAGGCUCUGUACGCAGAAGCACUCCUUCUAGCCCCUGAGACGCUUGUCGGCACGCUCUACGAAGAAGCGACCUUCUGGGCUCUGUUUACGAUCUGCUCUGCCACUGGACGUUGCGAGGCGAAGCACAUGAGGUGCUUGAAAAGACUUUCUAUGGAGCUGAGCAUAAGAGACUGGACGGCGGCUAGAGAUCUGCUCUCGAUCUACGUCUUCCCUGACGAUACGUUGGACGGCAGUGCGUACAACCUGUGGGAGGCCAUCAGCAAUAGCAUGAUUGCCAGGGACACCACACUGGGCCCAAAGGAGAACAAUGUCUUCGCGAAGGGUAUUCAGCAUCCGCCGGCGCAUAUUGGCGCUGCCAUCGCCGCUGUUGAGGCAACCACAACUUGA